AUGUUUGCGCAACGGAUCGUUGCAGUUUUUAUGGCAACCCUUGCUACUGCAUCGCUAUCUCACCUUGAGCCAAAACUCAACAGGGAUGGCUCGUCUUCUUGGGCUGGCAGCAACCUGUAUUUCUUACACGGGCUGGAUGCCGGGACCCAGUCAGCGUAUAUCGAGACGCUCGCUGGGUGGGGAGUCAAGGUGCUCCGACUCUGGGUGACUGGGCUCCAAAGUGGCUGCAUCAAAGGCAGUCCUGAUGUGGCUGCGGUCCCUGACCUGGAAAGCACCGUUGGGGUCUAUGACACGACCGUCCUGGACCAGCUGGAUGCCACACUGAGCAGGCUGCACGCCAACGGGAUCAAGGCCAUCAUCUCGCCGCACGACGCAGGUCACAUCAACGGCGCCAACGGAUGCGACGCCUACUGCAGGAAAUACGGGAACCAGACCAACUUCUACACGUCGGCCGCCGGAGUUGCUGACUAUGACGCCCGGCUGUCCGUCAUCCUCAACCACGAAAGCCCCACCUUCGGCAAGAAGUGGAGCCAGCUGGACGAGGUCAUCCUGGCGUUCGACGUGCAGAACGAGCCUAUGAUCAAUGCGGUUCAGCUGCUGGAGGGCAACGACCCGGAUGACUGGCUGUGCGGGCGGGCCGGCGUGCUGGAGGGCCUGAUCGGCGACGACUCCCGGGUUCAGGUCGCGACUGGUGGCAUCGGCGGGAGCCAGUACUGCUGUGACCACCAGUACAACGACCUAGACAAGGCGCUGCGCUGCGAGGCGUUCGACAUUGUGAGUGUGCAUGGAUAUAUGAGCAAGGCGGCUGAUUGGGCGUAUUUCAUCACGGGCGAUGCCUCCAUCCUGGAGAAGACAGAGGCUGCUGGCACUGGCCAUAAGGUCAUGAUCGAGGAGUGGGGUGUUGCGGCAAGCUCCGAAGACGGGUUUGAUGAACAGGUUGACGUGUUCAAUAAUGCCGGCGUGCCUUGGCUGUAUUGGCAGGUGGUGCCUGGUAAGGACCAAAGCCAAGACGGAGCACCGGCAAGCUGCGGUUACGAUGGAUUUGAGAUCGGGCUCAACAGCCCCAAAGUGGCCACGAGCUCCCCUCCAUAUAACGAGCCAAACAACCACCUUGACCUCUACCCCUCUGCCCACCUUCCAAGCAUCACAACCACGACUGCAGAAAACAACGAAUUGACAACUGAAAUCAUCACAAAUCUGACCAUAUCCCUCCUCUCAACACCAACACAACAACCCACAGCAACAAUGACGAAGGGCGGCGCUACUCAGGUCAAGGUCCACUUCAAGGGUCAGGACGACGACUUCCUCGUCUUCGUCGACGACCUCGAGACCUACAAGAAGUGGCAGGAGGACAAGUCCGUUCCCCUGGCUCACUUCGUCUCUGCAUUCAAGAUCUUCGUGACGCACAACCAAGGCGCACAAGGAGCAUACGACAGCGCGCCCAAGGGCCAGCUCGAGAACGAGUUCGGCACCAGCAACGAGGAUGAUGUCAUCAAGGCCAUCCUGGAGAAGGGUUCCGUGCAGGAGGCAUCGAUGCCCGAGCGACAGGGACCCAAGAACGACUCCAAGGGCCCCAUGGUUGCUCACUGA